CUGUGGAACACUCGAGGAGACGGAGUAAGCUUCUUCACAUUUCCAAAAGACGCCAUACGGCAAAACAUCGAGAGACAAAUGUUUUGCUACUGCCCCGCGCUGGAAAUGAGAAGUCAAAAACCACAAUGGACCGUGGAAAAACACGCCAAGGUGGUCAUGAUCAGCCCUGAGGACAAGUUUGAGGAAGUGGUGCCAAAUACUGAUGAGGAGGAGAAGGGAGAAGUGGGAGAACAGGUAGAAGUAAAAGAAGACAACCAAGAGGAGAAGGAACACGUGAGAGGAGAGGCAGUGGAUGAACAAGGACAUGUGAGAGAAGAGGAAGAUGUUGGAGGAGAGGCGAAACAAGACAGUGAAGGAGAGGACAGUAGCAAGGAAAUGGUGGCAGAACAGUCCACAAAUAAACACAAAAAGCCCGUCCAAACUCAAGACAAAAAGCAGCCUGGAGUCCUGAACUUGAACAAUGAGGUGGUGAAUAUGAGGAAAGAGAUGAAAAGGGUGAGGGUACUCGUUACCAGGAAGCUGACACGCCAGAUUGCUGCGCUGAGGAAGAAGAAGGGGAAAGAGGCAGACAUUGAGCGGAAUCAAAGGAGAGCUAGCAGACUAAUAGAGGAGAUCCAUGCAAUGAAAAUACUCCAACCAGACCUUGUGACCAAGACAGCCUUACAAAAGACUCUCAACUUUGAGCAGGUGUGUAAGAACCCAAAGUCAACUAUGUCUGACCGGGCUGUGGCUCGCAUCGCUUCGCACCCACAGUUCAAUAAGAAGAUUGAGAACAUUAAGGCUGCUGUGAAAGCCUUCAGAGAUGACAGGAGGAAGGCAGGAAAACAGGAAGAAAGAAGUGCAAAGGUGAAAAAGGAAGACGGGAAGCCCUUACAGGCUGAAAAGGUAGAAAAAAUGGUCAAGGGUGAAAAUGUAUGUGCGGGAGUAGAGGAAAUGACUGACACUGACGAAGGAGCCCUAGCACACGACUCUGACAAGGAUACCAUAGAACAGGAAGUGACUGUAACGGACGAAGGUGCCCUAGCGCACGACUCUGACAAGGAUACCAUAGAACAGACUCAAGCUGCUCCUGCUGAAAAGAAAGUUAAAAAGGACACUCAAAGCCUAAGGCCAGCAUCAGUCAAAGAGGGUGACUUUGCUGAACAAGUGAAGAAACCACAAGCUAAGAGUCAAGAAAAUAAAUCUAAACUGGUGCCGGAGCUGCCUCAGACAAAAGAAGAGGUAGAGAGCGAUUCAGAGAUAUCUGAUGACGACGAGGACAAACCGGACUUUGAUGACAGUACUGUGAAACCUAAACCGCUUCCUGAGCUGACUCAAACAAAACGAGAUGACCAGAGUGAUUCGGAGAUAUCAGAUGAUGAGGACAAACCCUAUUUUGACGACAGCACAGAGGAACGCUUCCACAAACAGUCGUCUCAGUCGGAGGGCAGCGACAGUGAUAAUGACUUUUUUGUGGGCAAAGUGAGCAAAUUCAAGAAAAAGAAGAAGAAUGAGGGGGGGAAAGUUGAGGUGCACGCGAGAAAAGAGGAAACAUUAAAACCAGCAGAUAAGAUUCAGAGUGAACUUGAUGAGCUUGAGUCAAGGUUAAAGGCCAAAGCACCCAAACUUCAGACUGUCUUCUGCUCGUUGUCUCAGUCAAAACCAAGAAGGGGCAGAGGAGGGAAUUCAUUUAGGGGUCGAGAGAAGCCGAUGGGCAGAGGAAGUCGAGAUAAUGAUAAACACAGCAGGUUCCAAAAGCAAGAGAAAGGAACAACAGACAAGAACCCUGAUACCAGACGUCUCCAGCCUGAGGAGACAACCUUCAGAGGGCGUGGGCGUGGCCGAGGCAAUGAUCGGAGGCAACAUGAUCGCAGAGGUGGCAGUGGCUUUUCCCAUCAGGCACCACAACAGGCCCUUCAUCCCUCAUGGGAGGCCAGUAAGAAAAGAAAGGAGCAGCAGGGGCAAAUUUUGGCUUUUCAGGGAAAGAAGAUUAAGUUUGAUGAUGAUGACUGAUGUGUUUGCUUCCAUGUUAAUUUUGGGCUGUUUUUUUUUAGCAACUCAGCUAGCUGAUGAUCUUUAUCGCCUGAAAAGGGUAUUGUUCAAAUAAUAUUUUAAUAUUUUGUUUCAAUACAGUGAUUUCCAAAUGUAAGAAAGUGAAAUACGUGAAUGAAAACUUUUGACCUUCUUUGUUGGAUGUCAUGUUUUCAUCUCUUGUUUUAGUAUUGUGCCUAAAGUACUCUGCUUAUUUCCAAGAUAUUAUUUAAGAGUAUCAGUUAAAGCUUCAUAGUAAUUUAAUUAUGUAUGUAUUGCGUGUUAUAUGAGCAGAGUUAACGUUCUUAAUGUUUUACCCAUUUACCAUAAUCAAUUUUGUUUCAUAUUGUAGUUCGGGAAAACAAUGGAAAAUGUGAUUAAAUAGUAUUCGAUGCACUACCACGAUCAUCAUUAUCAUUAGCUAAAUAUGCUUAUUCUAUUCUAAUAAGUGUAUUAAAACAUAAUUGUCAACAUCCAAAGACUGAUGUUUUUUAGCUACUUAACUCCAGUAGGUUUUCUGGAGUUUAACUCACACCUCAGUUAUUUAUAUAGCAUCAAAUUACCACUCAGUCUCAACAUUAUUUACAAUCAGUAUUUUCAUCGAAAGGUAAAUCUUCGAAGCAAUAGUAGUUACGUACUCGUGGUCUCUACGGUGUUCUCUCUUUACAAUCAUUGUAUAUUCACAAUAUUUUUUUUUUUACUAAAUGUACAAUUACUCUGCACAAGUAAUGUAUCUUGCACGUCACACAGGUAUCAUACAUAUUUGUAUCAGGGUUAUAAGAUCAGUUACACCAUCAUCGUAUCGGUAUGAAAAUGUUGAAUAGCAU